UCCGCCAGUUCAUUCCUUCCCCGUAUUUCCGAUUCGUCGGAUCCAGCAUCAUCACACGAACCCGCGAUCUUCCUUUUGUCGUCGUCGUCGUCGUCGUCUGGUACUUGAGAGCUCUUCUUCAGCAGCUCGUCCCUAGGUAAGUCCUGAGCAGCGGAAGAGGCGGCACAGCAGGAAGAGGAGGAUCGUCGACUUCGAAACCUUAUUGUAUCUUCGAGGAUCGCUGCUUCUUCAGUCCGGGAGUAUGAGGGCCAUCUACUUGCUCCUCCUCGGCGUUGUCGCCGUGAGUGCCCAACGUCGUUUAGCCUUGCCUGACCCGCGAAGUUGCGCGAACCGCGUUCGUCAUUCGACAUACAGAGAUGGCAGGGGAGUCGUACACUCGUACUUCUUCAGCUGGGAACAUCAGCCGACCAGGAAUCUCGAGGUGGACUGGCUGGAUGCUCGUAAUAUCUGCCGUCGUCAUUGUAUGGACGCCGUAUCCCUGGAGACCCCUCAGGAGAACGAAUUCAUUAAGCAGAGAAUAGCGAGAGGAAACGUGAGAUACAUUUGGACGUCGGGCCGUAAGUGCAACUUCAACGGCUGCGACCGACCCGAUCUUCAGCCCCAGAACAUUAACGGAUGGUUCUGGUCCGGUUCUGGCGCCAAGAUCGGACCGACGACCCAGCGUAACUCCGGAGACUGGAGCAACACUGGAGGAUAUGGUCAACCGCAGCCAGACAACCGUGAAGCUGCACAGGGUAACGACGAGUCCUGCCUGUCCAUCUUAAACAACUUCUACAAUGACGGCAUCAAAUGGCACGACGUGGCUUGCCACCACGUGAAGCCCUUCGUGUGCGAGGACAGCGACGAGCUUCUCAACUUUGUCGCGUCCCGAAACCCAGGAAUCCGUCUGUGAAAGAAUUCGACCGCGGACGGACUCGGGCGAGCGGACCACCAUCGGGCAUCGAGUGCGAUAAUUUGAACGCGACGGUAUUUCACGUGCACUGCGUAUACUCUCCCCUUCGUCGUACAUUUAUUAUUUAUAAUUUACACUAACCGAUAUUCUCUCUCUCUCUUUCUAAUGGGCCGCGAUUGUAGUGCUGCGCAAUUCACCGUAAGCGGAAAAAAACCGAUUGGUAGCUCCAAGUAGGCGGUAAAUGCAUUUAGUGUUGUAUACGCGUAAAUUUCUGAUAAUUUGUUUUUGUAAUCCCUUUCGUACGUGAAUA